UUAAAAAAAAAGGAAACAAAAUGGCUGGAGAAGUUGUGGUGGACGCAUUGCCAUAUUUUGAUCAUGGCUACGACGAAACUGGGGUGCGAGAAGCUGCUAUCGCUCUUGUCGAGGAAGAAACCAGACGAUAUAGGCCCACAAAAAAUUACUUAGACUAUCUAUCUUCUGCUACUUACAAUAACUUUGAAACAGAAUUAAUGAAAAAUGAAUUCGAACGUCUGCAGUCCCGUCUCCCAAUGGAAAUGAUGAACAUGAAGCGAUAUGAGCUGCCAACUCCGACUGCUGGUAAAAUGACGGACGUAUCUGCAUGGAUGGAGUGUGUUGAAAACUCUCACGCACAGCUUGAACACCAGGCAUUGCGUAUUCUCAACUUGGAACUGAUGUACGAGAAUGGAUCGAAUGCCUGGAAGAUGUAUAACAGCAUUUUGGUGCAGAUGAUUGAUUCGGCUCAAAAACAACUUCAGGAUUUGCGAAAGAAGAUUCAGGAGAUCAACUGGCAGCGGAAGAACGAGCAGACGCAGGCUGGGGCGAAGUUAGAGGAGCUGGAGGCGAGCUGGGUCGGUCUAGUGAGUAAGAACUACGAGAUUGAGCGAGCCUGUGCUGAGCUCGAGAAGGAAGUCAUGGAGAUGGAACAGCAGAGAGGAGCGAGAUGAUGACGGCUUCUACAGUGCUUGUGUAUAAUAUACCGCAAAUGGUCUGGACACACAAUGUUGAAUUUCAGAUCUGAUUGCUCAUAGUGACUGCUGGAUUUAUAUUGGCUAUGGCAAUUCUGGAAAGUCACAGAAUGUGCUAAAUUAAUUUUUUAGGCAUGGAAAGUCAUGCAAUUUUAAAAAGUGGGAAGUAAAAAUUGGUUGAAAAUGGGAAGUAAAAAUUGGUUGAAAAUUAUUUGUUUUUCUGGUUUAGAAUACUAAAAAAGAAAAGAAAAAAGAAUUGGAAUUUGCAUUGAAACAUUGUGAUUAUGUUGGUGAUUGCAGAAAAACCUCGACUCCUAUAAAAGGUCAUGUAAAAUAUGUUUAAAAGUCAUGGAAAGUAAAGGAAUUUGGCUGAUUACAAAGGAUGUGAAAAUUUGCAGAAAUAGGGAAAUGUUUGCAUCUGUGAGCUUUGAUGAUACCAGCAGAAAUUAACUAAGUACAUUUUAGUUUGGUGCAUAUAACAUCAGUGUGACAGUGGCAUCACCCACUCAACUUCAAAUUUUCAUCCUGACACAUUCUAAGAGAGCGAGAGAGAGAGAGCGAGAGCUCAGUACUUGUGUCUUCCUGACGUAACAUUCAUCUUGGUAUCUCUAAAAUUCAUGCUUCAUAUUGUCAUGUACACAUCAUGUGUUGAUUAAAACAAAUGUUUAAAAUA